AAAUUGGUAUGAAAUAUUGAGGCGCGGGAUACAUGAAGCUGAAAGGUUGAAAUGUAGCGGUAAGUCUCGCUCAUUGCUUUGGUAACAGAACAUCACCGCAAUGGAAGAUUCAGGAGCGAUUCUCUCCCACAUUUCAUCUCUGAAAGAAAUGCUUGAUCAGGUCAACGAAGAAAUCGAAGCUCAUAUUCAGGUCACACGAGAGAUCGAAUCCAGCAUCGUCAAAUGCGAGGAGAUGGAGAGUCAUUUUGCAACUAAGGAAGCUGAAUUGAUCGCAACCAGUGGAGCUUUGCAGUUCGACACUGUUGGAUAUGUGACAGUUGCUGCUGAUUUCAGGGCAUCAGUGAAUACUUUGGAGAAAGAGCUCUGUUGUCUUAAAAUCAAGCGGGAUGAUAUGAUUAAAAGAACGGAUGUAAAACGGGAAGAAUUUACAGCACUAUGCCUAAAAUUUCAAAGAGAAAUUGACAAGAGGGAAAAUUUUAAAGUAAGGACUUUGUUGUCAGAGAAAUAUUCGCUUGAAAGUGAAAUUCAAGUUUUGGAUGACAAGAAUUGUGUUUUGAAAAAUUCGGUAUUGGCAUUUGUAGAGGAAAUCCUUGAAGAUCUUCACAGUUCUAACUCAGGUGUUGGUGUUGGUUUAUAUUAUUCCAUUAUACCAAAUGAAGGAUAACAUUUCCUACUGCAGCAUUAGAAGGUGAGAUACAGAGCAAGAAGUGGGAAAAUGAGAGAUUGCUUAAAGAUAUCGAUGAAUUGAAGACUACACUGCUUUCAACAAUUGGGACCAUUGAUGAUCUACUGUAAAUUCCUUUCUAUAAACAAACUUUAAUUCAUAUAUCUGAAGUUUAUUAUUGUCUGUUUUGCCAAAUUUGGUCACUAAAAAUAAAAUGGAAAUUAUUUGUUUGUAAAUGAUGCUAUAGAAAAACUAAGCAGUUAUCAGCGUCUUGUAAGGUAAAGUGGUAAGAAAUGAUAAACAGUGUCAGAGUUUCCCUA